AUGAGGGUACAGCCUUACUUCCUUGGUUCCCAUGGAAACUGGAUCUGGGUUGUCCCGACCGUUACGUUUCGAGAUGAGCAGGAGACCUCGGGCAGCAUCAUCUACACGGUGGAGCUGAAGCGCUACGGGGGCCCUCUGGGUAUCACCAUCUCAGGCACCGAGGAGCCCUUCGACCCCAUCACCAUCUCGGGCCUGACCAAGCGGGGGCUGGCAGAAAGGACGGGGGCCAUCCACGUGGGCGACCGCAUCCUGGCCAUCAACAGCGUGAGCCUGAAGGGGAAGCCGCUGAGCGAGGCCAUCCACCUGCUGCAGAUGGCCGGGGAGACGGUCACCCUGAAGAUUAAGAAGCAGCUGGACAAUCUAGAGGAGAGGAAGGCGGCGGACGUGGAGGACACGACGGAGAACGACAUAAGCGACACGGAGGACGAGGACCUGACCGACAGCCAGCAGACCAACAAGCUCUCGGAGCUGUACUCCACCACGAUACCCAGCGUGGACUCCGCCAUGGAGUCCUGGGACGGAUCGGGGAUGGACGCGGGCUACGGCAGCCAGGGCACCUACAGCCAGCAGGCGGCGGGCGUGGCCCUCCACCCCCACGAGUGGCGCAGCAACAAGCAGCCCCCGCAGCCGCGGGGCAGCACCCCCCCCCCCGGCCGGAGGAAGAACUACCCCUUCAGCGACGGGGGCUUCAGCGAGGACGACUGGGACAAAGCUCCAGGAUUCAUGGGCCAGCAGCCGGACGGCAUCCUGCUAGACCCCGACGACAGCUUCUGGUGUCAGGCCCUGGAGGACCUGGAGACCUGCGGCCAGUCGGAGCUCCUCAGGGAGAUCGAGGCCUCCAUCAUGACCGGCACGGCCAUCAGCCUCGGAGUUGACGGGGUCAACAAGUCCUCUGCGGAGCCCAUCCUGAGCCACAGCAGAAUGAGCCCACUCAGGAGAAAUUCCCUCCUCCACCAGGGGAACCUGCUCCACCAGAACGCCCACCUCCACCAGGGGCUCCACCUGCACGAGGAGGCCCACCUCCUCGAGGAGGCCCACCUCCACCAAGACGUCCACCUCAACCAGGAGGCCCACCUGCACCAGGGGCCUCACAUUCUCCAUGACGGCGACUCGCCCCUCCUGCACCACGAGUCCAAGUCCAAGGCCUCGCUGAGGGUAUCGGAGAGGACGUGGGAGUCCCGUCGGAUCAAAGAGGAGAUGCAGGGAAUCCUGUCCCCCACGCCCCUGGAGCUGCACAAGGUGACGGUGAUGAAGGACCCGGAGAGCGACGACUUCGGCUUCAGCGUGUCGGACGGGUUCCUGGAGAAAGGCGUUUACGUGAACAUGAUGAGGCCCGAUGGGCCGGCGGACAGAGCCGGGCUCAGGCCCUUCGACCGGAUCCUGCAGGUGAACCACGUGAGGACGCGGGACUUCGACUGCUGCCUGGCCGUUCCCCUCAUCACCGAGGCCGGAGACAGGCUGGAGCUGGUCAUCAGCCGCAACCCGCUGGCCAACGACGACCCCGAAGACAACAACAACACCUUGGACCACCCGCUGGACCUGUGA